UAAAGCAAGCAUUGGGACAUUUGGUUUAAUAAAUGGGAUUUAUCUUUGCACUGGAAAAGAAGAUAUACCGUAAACAGUCAUCGCAAUGGCGGACAGAGAAAGUAGAUUUAUUCAACAAACUUUCUUCAAAAGACACUACUAGGGACAAGCUCAGUAGUCGAACAUUAAAACAUUUUUAAGAGACCCUGGGCAAUGGACCAAACGGCAAUUCACUAGAGGCACAAUCGUACAGACACCGCAUCCAGGCGCGUAGCAAGGGCCAAUUUGGGAUUACGCAGAUCGAAAUUAGUUCAUUGACAGACAGCUUGUUAACCCAUUCACUCCCUACCCCCCUUCGAAUGGGAGGCGGAGUUUAAUGAAAUGAAGGACGAGUCGAGCGACGUCAUCAACAUCAAAGAUUUUGUUGAGAAACUACAGAAGGAAGGCAAGAAUCCUACUCCUUCAGACGAAGAAGCCUUAUUAAAAUCUAUAGACAAAGAUGAAGAUGGGAAUAUCAGCCUUGAAGAAUACUGUUCCAUGCGAGAGAAUGCCCAGCAGAUGGCUUUCAGCAACGAAGACCCGACGAGUUCACUCAUGAUGGCGCUUAAAGAGUUUGACACGGACGGCGACGAAACUAUCUCAAAAGAUGAACUCCGAAACAUUCUGUCGGGGUUUGGAGAUUCGGAGCUUGACGAUCUGAUUGAGAGUGCCGACAAGAACAACGACGGCAAGCUCUCCAUUGGAGAACUUGCUGCUCUUAUGACGGAGAUGACCCAGUAAAGACACUGUGCUAACAGAGAUUUCUCACAUUUGUAUUCCAUAUGUUAAAAUGAUGUUUGUUGCUCUUCAUGAGACAUUAUACUUCAAUAAAGAAAUGUUAACGUUG